CGGACAUCCGGCCGAAUCCAAACGGCCGACGGCUAUAUAGGCCGACAGUCAGAUAGCCGAAACUAUUUUAGCCGACAAGGUCAAAAGGCCGACACUACGAAAAGCCGACACUAAAAUAAAUUAAGUAUAAGCUAUACAUUUUCAAUUCGAUAACGUAGUGUUGUCUUUUGUUGUAAUAAUGUUAUCGAUAACUUAUCGAAAUUUAACGAUACCUAAUACCUAUAGCCUGUAAUCUACAGUGGGUAUUGCUAUUGCAUGUUCAUAAAUACUGUUUCAGUUGAUUCGUAACCACGCCGCGUCUUUGCAUUCAUUUUUGUGUCGUUGUUUAAUUUAAUUUAUGUAUUUGCAUUAAAUAAUUAUGGAAUAUAAAAUUGAAAUUUUUGGUACAAAAUUAUUAAUUGACAAUUUUAUCAUGAUUAAAAACAAAAACCGUAACAAUAAAUAUUAUUGGGAAUGUGAAAAGAGGAAACAUACUAAACGGCAUAAUAGUAAUAAUGAAUAUUGUAAUGCAAGAGCAGUAACAAUUCUUGUUGAUGGUAAUCAUAUUGUUAAAGAUAAUUCUUUUUUAAAUCACAACCAUGGGCCUGACCCAUGCCGAUUGUUGGUAAAGAAAAACAUAAAAUAUAUUGUUUCAAAAGCUCUGUCUUCGAGAGAUAAACCUUCGCAAAUAAUACAGGAAGCAACGAGUCGCAUCCCCGUCAAUUCUCAGCCAUACAUGCCAUCAGUUGAAGCAACGCGAAAAAUUAUUUCACGGUGUAGAAAACAUCAGAAUCCACCAGAACCAACAAGUCUUUCACAAAUAGAUAUUCCUCUUAACUUAUGUAAGUCUUUUAAUGGUCAAACAUUUUUACUAAAAGAAAGUACUAUUGAGAGUCACAAAAUAUAUAUUUUUUCUACUAAAGAUGAAAUAUCAAAACUUGUCAAUGCCAAUUAUUGGGUUAUGGAUGGUACAUUUAAAACUGUGCCAAGUAUAUUUUUACAAAUGUACACCAUACAUGCACCUGUUGGUGGAAAUAAUUCUAGAAUUUUGCCAUUAGUAUAUGUUUUAAUGACCAGUAAACAACAAUGUUGUUACGAACGUUUAUUCGAAGACCUAAUAUCAAUUUGUGAUGAUUUCGGUUUCGAUGUUUCACCAAAAUGUAUUAUAACAGAUUUCGAAAAAGCUGCAAUUAAUGCAGCUAAUAAAGUAUUUCCAGAAUGCCAACAAAAAGGGUGUUUUUUUCAUUUAGGCCAAAAUAUUUGGCGAAAAAUCCAGUCUAGUGGAUUGGCUACUAAAUAUGGAGAAAAUGAAGAAUUUAGUUUACAACUUCGAUGUAUGUGGUCACUUGCAUUUUUACACCCAUCAGAUAUACCUAAUGCUUUUGAUCAAUUGAAAGAUUCAUUACCCUAUGACAUUCAAAAUUACUUUGAAGAAAAUUACGUGCAUGGAAAAGUACGAAGGAAAUUUAGAAAUGGAAUAGUAUCUCGAUAUGAGCCAUUGUUUCCACCAUCAUUUUGGUCAAUACAUUUCAAUCAUGAAAACAAUAUUCCAAGGACACAAAACAAAGUCGAAGCAUGGCACAAAAGAUGGAAAGUAUUAGUAGGAGCUGAUCACGUUGGGGUGUAUCGUAUAAUUGAGGAAAUGAGAAAAGAGCAACAACACGUUGUGGGGCAAAUUCAAAUUAUUUUAUCCGGACAAGCAAGGCCAAAACAAAGUUCAAAGUACGUAAAACGUCAAAACCAAAUUCAAACUAUUCUAAAUGAUAAAGAAAACAGAACAACCCUCGAGACAAUAAGAGGUAUUGCAUACAAUUUGCACUAUUAAUUUUUAUUUAUUAACAUUUAACUAUAUAACAUAAUUAUCAAUUAUAAUUUUAUAAACUAUUAGUAUUUUUUAUUUUUUAUGUAUAAAUAUCAAAUUUUUUAAUUUUUAAAACAUAUUAGGAAUAUAAAAUGUACUUAUAAUUAUUAACAAUACACUAAAUUUUAUUUUUAAGAAUAAGUAUCACCUAUAUAUAUAUAUCUGUGUGUGUGCAUAAUUUACCUAUCUCAACAUAAAAUUACUUAAUCGGCCAUUUAAUAUGUCGGCCUAAUGCGUGUCGGCCUAUAAAUUUGUCGGCCAUUUAGUAUGUCGGCCUAUUGCGUGUCAGCCAAAUGUCUGUCGACCAAAUGUCUGUCGGCCGAUUGUACCACACCCCUAAUUAUUACAAAUUGAAUUGUAUGUGCAUGUAACACCAACGUAUUCUACGACUUUUCGAAACCAUGAUUUCAUGUACAAAACAAACAAACGGGCAAUGUCAUAAAAUAAUAUCGUAGGUUACAGCUGCAUC